UCGUCGCGGAAGGAUAUUUUGCACUGAAAGAUGUAGCUCCGGGAUGUAGAACAGGGAAAACCCUCCGGGUGUAGGAACACACAGGAGAUACACUUCGCCUUUGGCAGGUGCACAACGCAGAUAUAUCAUUAAUGAGAAGCGAGUGAUAUGGUGUUUUCCAUAUUCGACGUCAGAACGUAUUUUAAACUUAACCCGUAUCCCUGUCUUUUCACCAUGACAAUAUCACGACUGACCAUCACCUGAUGCGCCUUCAUUGUAUGAUCCUUUGUCUCUCUUGGUGACCCCAGCUAAGCAACAAAAUGUCUGGUACUUACACCCCGGCUCCUGGCGGAUCAUUUUCUGCUCUCACCCCAACCAUGUGGCCACAAGACAUUUUGGCCAAAUAUCAUCAAAAAGAUCCUGCAGAACAACCGGAACAACAGUAUGAUGAGUUUGGCUUCAGAAUAGAUAUUGAGGAGGAUGGGGAACCAAAGAUAAGGUUGGGCACCGAGGGCUCACCCCAGCGUGAAGAUCCUCAGCAGCGGCUUCGCUGGCAAGCCCACUUGGAGUUCACCCAUAACCACACAGUGGGGGACCUAACCUGGGAUCUCAUUGAAGCUGUCCUUCCACGGUCAGAGCGACUGCGUUCCUUGGUCCUUGGUGGUAUACCUCACAGUAUGCGGCCACAGUUAUGGACGCGUCUGUCUGGAGCACUGCAAAAGAAGAGGACCUCAGAGAUUUCCUACAAAGAAAUUGUGAAGAACAGCUCUAAUGAUGACACCAGCUCAGCUAAACAGAUAGAAAAGGACCUGUUACGGACAAUGCCAACCAAUGCCUGUUUCAGUACUCUAAACAGUGUUGGAGUCCCAAGACUGAGACGGGUACUGAGAGGGCUGGCAUGGCUCUAUCCAGAUAUUGGGUACUGUCAGGGCACUGGCAUGGUUAUUUCCUGCCUGCUGCUCUUUCUGGAGGAGGAAGAUGCACUGUGGAUGAUGUGUGCUUUGAUUGAGGACCUCCUUCCUCCAUCCUACUUCUCCACACUGCUGGGUGUCCAAACAGAUCAGAGGGUUCUCCGGCAGCUCAUCGUUCAGUACCUGCCUGCUCUGGACCACCUCCUUCAAGAGCAUGACAUAGAGUUGUCACUAAUCACGUUGCACUGGUUCCUGACCUCAUUUGCCAGUGUGGUGGACAUCCGUCUGCUCCUAAGGAUCUGGGAUCUGCUCUUUUACCAGGGCUCAAUAGUGCUCUUCCAGGUCACACUGGGUAUGCUCAAAAUUAAGGAGGAGGAGCUUGUAUCAUCAGAGAACUCAGCAUCCAUUUUUAACACUCUGUCAGACCUGCCAAGUCAAUUAAAAGAUGGGCCUGCAGUUCUCGGAGAGGCUAUGAGGAUAGCAGGGACGCUGUCCCAGGAAGCUUUGGAGGCUCAUCGUCACAAGCACCUUGCCUAUAUUCUUAAUGAACAGGCGCAGCUCAACAAUGGAAGCAAUUCAACACUCAAUAUUAAUCUCAAAAAGGUGGUGAGGAGACAGUCCCUGCGCAGGAAAUCCACUCUGACCUCUCUGCUGUUUGGGGAAGAUGAGGCUGAAGCCCUAAAAUCCAAAAACAUUAAGCAGACUGAGCUGGUGGCUGCUCUAAGGGAGGCUAUAGCUCGUGCUGCAGAACACUUCCACUGUUUAGACCCACGGCACUCCAGCACUGACCUGACCCCAGAUUACUCCAUGGAGAGCCACCAGCGAGAUCAUGAAAACUUUCUUGUGGUGUCUCGUAACAGACGGAAACGGGCAAAGGCUUUGUUGGACUUCGAACGUCAUGAUGAUGAUGAAUUGGGCUUCAGGAAGAACGACAUAAUAACUAUCAUCUCACAAAAAGAUGAGCACUGUUGGGUUGGUGAGCUCAAUGGCCUUAGAGGAUGGUUUCCAGCCAAGUUUGUGGAGAUUCUGGAUGAAAGAAGCAAGGAGUACUCAUUAGCAGGUGAUGACUCGGUGACGGAGGCAGUGACUGACUUGGUCAGAGGAACUCUAUGUCCCGCUCUGAAGGCCAUCUUUCAGCACGGACUAAAAAAACCCUCUAUACUUGGAGGGCCCUGUCAUCCGUGGUUAUUCAUAGAGGAGGCAGCUAGUAGGGAGGUGGAGAAAGACUUCAAUUCUGUCUACUCUAGACUGGUGCUUUGUAAAACAUACAGGUUAGAUGAAGAUGGAAAAGUCCUAACACCAGAGGAGUUGCUGUACAGAGCAGUGCAGUCCAUAAACAUGGGCCAUGACUCUGUACAUGCUCAGAUGGAUGUCAAAUUCAGGUCCCUUGUUUGUGUUGGCCUAAAUGAGCAGGUGCUUCAUCUGUGGUUGGAGGUGUUAUGCUCCAGCAUGGCUGCUGUAGAAAAAUGGUAUCAUCCAUGGUCAUUCCUUCGCAGUCCUGGUUGGGUGCAGAUCAAGUGUGAGCUCAGGGUCCUGUCAAAAUUUGCCUUCAGUCUCUCUCAAGACAGUGAGCUGCCUGACAAGAAAGUGGAGAAUAACCAGAAACCACUGAAGGAAGGCGUGCAGGAUAUGCUGGUGAAACAUCACCUCUUUAGCUGGGACAUCGAUGGCUGAACACACAACAAAAACAUCUGAUUUAACCUGUGUGCUGCAGUUUGGCAUUACGCUGGUGUAGAUUCUCAGUUAUCCAGUACAUUAGCCUAGGUGCUUCAGUAGAGCAGAUGGACUUCUCUUGUUUCUUCCUUUUACAUCUCACCCAAAAGGCUUUUUCAGUUCUGAACAUGCUUGGAAGUAACAGGCUUUUAAUUUGAGUCAGAACAACUGCCUGUUGUUUCCAACCAUGUUCAGAUUUCUUUAAAGAAACUAAAGGAGGUAUCCAGUUGCUUUCUACUUGAGCACUAAGGAUUGCAACUUGAUGUAUCUCAUGUCUUUUCAGCUGCUGAUUACAGCUACCCUGGUCACUUUGUUAAAGCGGCAUAGCUACCUUAACAUAUUCCCCCCCCCCCACCAGUCAUAAAGACUAAAAGCACCAAAGUAAUCCCAGUAAUCUGCUGUGGACAGACUACGGUCUGCGACAUACUUUAUUUUUUAUUUGUAUCCAGCAUUCAAGCUUUGGCCACUAGGUCACAAAAUAUUUGCAAGACAAACAUUCCUGCUGUACAGAAUAAUCUGUACGAGUAGGCCCUAAUAUUUCAUUAACACUACUUUGUGCACGAAUUGAAUACUGAUCACCUUAACAAGAUGUUUUAACAUCUUCCUCAGUUCUUUGUCCUGCGGUAAACUCCUCCAUCUUUAGGACCAAAAAGGAACAUUCCUAAUCAUGAGUUUGUAAAGAUAUAAGCUAUUUUUGCGAAGAAUGUUACUUUCCUCAGUACUCUGAAAUUCAUUAAAUAUGUCAUUCUGCCCGUGCCAAGUAAAGCCUUUCAGAUGAUCAUGACCUGUCUACUACCUUAAUGAGGGUAAUAAAAAUGCACUUGUAUCAUUUAAUAUAUACAAAGUACCGACUUUUGGUGUUGUGUCAAUACAGGUUACAUUAAAAUAUAUAUAUGUGA